UCAGUGUGUGUGUGUGCAUGCUAACAGUGUGUCUUAUGGACAGAGGGGGCUUGAGUGACUGUUGACUAGCCGGCUAGUAGGCGGAGGAACAGUAAGAACACAGACAGAACUCCGUGCUUGUUGGAUCCAGUAUUUGUUGUGGAAUCUAUACUCUCAGACCAGGAGGUUCUGGGUGACGGUGGGUUGAAGGAGUGGGAUGUCUAAGAUGACGUUGUGGUUGGGCCUUCUCCUGGCUCUCAGCGCAGGUCGUCUGGAUGCUUGGUUCUGGAACAAGGACCCUGAUCCUACUACCCAAGCCCCAACGAAGGCUCCGCCGCUGGGCAAGGCAGGAGGACAGCCAAAGAGAGGUGAGGAGAACCUGGCAGGGGUUGGGGCUGAAAUCAUCAACGUAGCUGAUGGGAUCCGUAAGUUUGUGCAGACGUGGGACGCGACCCCAACCACUUGGACUGACGGAGGAGUGGCGACCCCUACCACACAGACGGUUAAUAAGGAGGAGUCUGGGUCUGGGGAAGGAUCUGGGUCUAAGGAAGGAUCUGGGUCUGGGGAAGGGGAAGGAUCUGGGUCUAAGGAAGGAUCUGGGUCUAAGGAAGGGUCUGGGGAAGGAUCUGGGUCUAAGGAAGGAUCUGGGUCUGGGGAAGGAUCUGGGUCUAAGGAAGGAUCUGGGUCUGGGGAAGGAUCUGGGUCUAAGGAAGGAUCUGGGUCUGGGGAAGGAUCUGGGUCUAAGGAAGGAUCUGGGUCUGGGGAAGGAUCUGGGUCUGGGUCUAAGGAAGGAUCUGGGUCUGAGACGGGUUCAGGAUCAGGGUCUGGUUCAGCAUCUGGUGUAGGGUCUGGGUUUGGAUUGGGGGCUGAGUCUGGUGUAGGUUCAGGAACCGGCUUGGGUUCAGGGUCAGGGCUUGGAGAAAGGGAAAGCUUGGUUCUCCCCACUAACAUAACAGGGAUGGUGGAGGGUGACCUCACAGGGGUUGAAGGGGUGAAACAGGGCGAACCAAAGACCAACCUCUCUGACAUCACUUCUCAUGACCACAAUGGAACCUGCCACCUCGUGCCCUCUGAUUGGCCGAUCUGCAUAUCAAGGGGGUCGAAGCAUUUCUCGCUGCCCAACUUCCUGAACCACACCUCUGUGGAGGAGGUGGGCGUGGCUCUGAGAGAGUGGGCGUGGCUGGCCAAGGCGGGGUGCCACCAUGGAGCUGAAUGGUUCCUCUGCCUCCUCCUGGUGCCCAGGUGCCCGCUGCCUGGCCAGGUGCUCGCCAAGGUUCCCCUUCUGCCCUGCUGCAGCUUCUGCCAAGUCCUGCAAGACAGCUGCUGGCCAGCCCUGGAUGACGGGCGACUUCCUGUAGAGUGUAAUUCGCUGCCCGACAGGGAUCAGGAGGCGGGGUUGCGGUGUCCGCCAUGCGUGUCUGUUAGUAAUCGUAAAGAGGGUGGUGUGACUCUACUGCAGCUGAUUGGAGACCUGCAUCCUGAUGAAUCCCGGGCCGGUCCGGGUGGGAAACCCGCCUACUACUUCGGAGGGCUGGACGGGCUGACUGCUGCGGGACAGCCGGCCCUGGCCCACCUCCCCAACCCCUUCUACAGAGACUUCUCCCUGGUCUUCCAAAUCAUCCCCUCCAGCCCCGGGGUCCUCUUCUCCAUCACAGACGCCUCCCAGAAGUUCAUGUACGUGGGGGUGAAGCUGAGCGCCCCGGACGCUGACGGCAGGAAUCAGAAGAUUCUGUUCUACUACACAGAGCCCGACUCUGAGGCCUCGUACCUGGCCGCUAGUUUCACCGUACCCUCCCUGGACCUAGUCUCCUGGACCAAGUUCUCUCUGUCCGUGUUCAAUGAUCAGGUGACCUUCUUCAUGGGGUGCGACGCCUCUGGGAAGACGGUGAAGUUGGAGCGCUCGCCGGAUGACAUGGAGCUGGACAGGGGGGCGGGCAUCUUCGUGGGUCAGGCGGGAGGCGCGGACCCUGACAGGUUUGAGGGGGCGAUCGCUGAGCUGAACGUGGUGGGUAACCCUCGAGCAGCUGAGCUACUCUGUGAAGACGAUGAUGACUCAGACGCUGCCUCAGGUGACUUUGGCAGUGGGGAUGAGGACAGAAGAGAGACCGGCAAAACUGUAAAGACCACCCCUCCAUCUCUCCGACCGGUGCCAGAGCCCCCUCUGACAUCAUCAGUGAGCGACAGGCUCUCAGAGACAGGUGACAGGAAUCAUCAGACCACAGUAGAGUCCAGACAAGGGUCAGGAGGUCAACCAGGCCCUACUGGUUCUAACAGGGAGAAGGGGGACAGAGGGGAGAAGGGCAGUCCAGGGGACAGAGGUCCCGCCGGGCCAAAGGGGGACUCGGGGUCUUUCUCCAGCUCUGCCUCUUCCUCAUCAGGCGGAGGAGAACGUGGAGAAAAGGGAGACAAAGGCUUGAAGGGCAGUUCUGGUUUCGGUUACCCAGGCUCCAAGGGGGACCGUGGCGUACCUGGUCCCCGUGGCCCUCCUGGCCCUGGGGGGCCAGCUGCCCAGGUUGUGAGGCUAGGGGAUGGCUCUGUGGUGCAGCCAGUGGCCGGGCCAAUGGGACCGAUGGGGCCCCCAGGGGUCAAAGGACCAGCAGGACCCCAGGGACCAGAGGGAGAGCCGGGGGAUCCAGGAGAGGAUGGCAAAUUAGGACCUCCUGGAGACAGAGGGUUCCCAGGAACACAAGGAGACUCAGGGGUCAAAGGACAAAAGGGGGAUCGUGGUGAUGGUCACCCAGGACCCAGGGGUCCUCCAGGGCCACCUGGACCCCCAGGCCCAGGGACAGCUGACCGCGCUACAUUUGUUGAUAUGGAAGGCUCAGGAGGAUUCCCAGAUUUGGAGAAAAUACAGACUCUCCGUGGUCUACCAGGCCCCCCCGGCCCCCCUGGUCCCCCUGGCCCCUCAACCGGUGGUGUCAGCUCCCAUGGGUCAGGCUCUUUCGGGCCCCCUGGACCUCCCGGACAGGACGGGGCCCGUGGCCUACCAGGGCCCGCUGGUCCACCUGGCAGGCCUGGAACCCCAGGACCCAGUAGCGGAGAGAAGGGAGAAGCUGGUGAUCUAGGUCUUCCAGGGCCCAGUGGAGAGAGGGGUUCUCAGGGUGACCCUGGAGUGCCUGGUCAGACAGGACAGGGGGGCUUGGCUGGGCUUCCUGGGCCCAUGGGACCGAUUGGGCCUCCAGGACCACCUGGACCCCCUGGACCUUCCUACCCCGUGCGUUAUGGUGACGGGGAGGGUUCCGGAGUGACGGGGGUCAAUGGUGUUGCUGGAGUGAUAGGGAUUCCAGGACCACAGGGUCCGCCCGGAAUCGCUGGCCUUCCGGGAAGAUCUGGUUUGCCUGGGCUUUCAGGAGAGAAGGGGAGCGAGGGAGCAAGAGGACGGGAUGGAACACCAGGGAUGGACGGAUUCCCAGGAAAAUUGGGAGACAAAGGGGAGAGGGGAGACAGAGGGGAAAGGGGUGAGCCAGGACGUGAAGGGGGGCCCCCUGGACCUCCAGGAGCCCCUGGCCCACCGGGACAGAUCAUCUACCAGAACUCAGGAAGUUUUGAUGGAGUUCUUGAGAAUCAAGGACAGGGAGGACCAGGUAUUCCCGGCCGGGCAGGAUUCCCAGGGCCUAUGGGACCAAAGGGAGAUACAGGAGAGCCUGGACAGCCAGGAUACGCAACUAAGGGGGAGAAAGGAGAACCUGGUAUUAUCAUGGGGCCUGAUGGAAGACCCAUGUACCUGGGAGGGCUGGGGUCUCAACCGGGAGAGAAGGGACUCCCGGGACCUGAGGGACCUCCUGGUCCCCAUGGUCCAGCUGGUCUAAAGGGAGAUAUAGGCAUGCCAGGUAGACCGGGUCGUCCUGGGUUGAAUGGUGCCAAAGGAGAGAGGGGGGAUUCAGCUGGAGGGACUGGAGGAUAUGGAGGUCCUCCAGGACCACCUGGCCCACCCGGACCCCCCGGGCCAGCAGUACCUCUGGACAGGUUCAAUAGGUAUGAUGAUGUCUCACGGUUAUAUCCUGACUCCAAAGGAGAGAAAGGUGAUCGUGGAGUACCAGGAAUACCUGGGGUACCAGGUCUCACGUCCAACUUUGACAUCUACACCUUCAAGGAGGAGAUGAAGGGAGAGAGAGGAGACUCGGGGAUGAAGGGAGAGAAGGGCGAGCCAGCCGGAGGAUAUUAUGGUGGAGGUUACGGUGGACAGGGUGGUCAGCCUGGACCUCCAGGACUUCCAGGGCCAAAGGGAGAGUCCAUCAUCGGUCCUUCAGGGCCCCAGGGCCCUCCAGGUAACCCAGGAAGAGGGUACGAAGGCAGGCAAGGGAACCCAGGCCCACCGGGGCCCCCCGGACCUUCAGGAUCAUCCUCCUCACCUGGAGCCUACAGGCCAACACAGACCAUCAGCAUCCCUGGACCUCCGGGCCCUCCUGGCCCACCUGGAACUGAUGGACACUCCUCUGGGGUGAUGGUGCUGAGGUCAUAUGACACGAUGACAGCCACGGCCAGACGACAGGCAGAGGGGACGCUGGUGUAUCUGGUCGACCAAACAGACUUUUACAUCAGAGUACGAGAUGGCUUCCGGCAAAUCCAGCUUGGACCAUACAUAGCUUUACCCCCUGAACAGGGUAAUGAGGUAGCAGCUGUCGACCCUCCUCCAGUGGUCUACUACCAGCCAGAUCAUCCCUCCAACACGGCCACAGAGCAACCCCCCAGACAGCUAGACCCCCACCAGCCACAGCCUGAGGGACAACAACCUGUUUACCCCGACCCACGUUACCCGACUCACCCGGAUCCACGCUACCCAGCCCAGCCGGAUCCACGCUACCCAGCCCAGCCGGAUCCACGCUACCCAGCCCAGCCGGAUCCACGCUACCCAGCCCAGCCGGACCCACGCUACCCAGCCCAGCCGGACCCACGCUACCCAGACCAGCCGGACCCACGCUACCCAGACCAGCCGGACCCACGCUACCCAGCCCAGCCGGACCCACGCUACCCAGCCCAGCCGGACCCACGCUACCCAGCCCAGCCGGACCCACGCUACCCAGCCCAGCCGGAUCCACGCUACCCAGCCCAGCCGGAUCCACGCUACCCAGCCCAGCCGGAUCCACGCUACCCAGACCAGCCGGAUCCACGCUACCCCUCACAUUCAGACCCCAGAUACCCCUCACACACUGAUCCACGGUACCCCAGUUAUACAGACCGCCAGCACAACCCUGACCCUGUUCAGCCGGUCCGGCCCCAGCCAGCCCCUGUCCCACAGAACCCGGUUUACUCAGACACCCGCUACCCGGUAACCCCACAACGCAGACCCAGACCCCCUGAGACCCCCAGCCACCAACACACGUCAGGCCCAAGCAUUCACCUGGUCGCCCUGAACGCCCCCCAGGGGGGUAACAUGCGGGGUAUCAGAGGGGCAGACUUCCUGUGCUUCAAGCAGGCUCGGGCCAUCGGGCUGAAGGGAACCUUCCGGGCUUUCCUCUCCUCCAAGCUCCAGGACCUUUACAGCAUCGUCCGCAAGUCAGACAGGGACCGCAUGCCCAUCGUCAACCUGAAGGACGAGGUCCUGUUUGACAGUUGGGAGGCCAUCUUCAGUGACUCAGAGGGCAGAGUGAAGGACAACGUACCCAUCUACUCCUUCGAUGGCAAAGACAUUUUCACAGACGACACAUGGCCAGACAAGAUGAUAUGGCACGGUUCGACCAGCAGGGGGCACGGCCAGGUGGAUAACUACUGUGAGACGUGGCGUGUAGGGGAGCGGGCGCUGACAGGCAUGGCCUCCUCUCUACAGGGGGGCCAGCUCCUCCAACAGAGAACCAGCAGCUGUCACAGCUCCUACGCCGUGCUCUGCAUCGAGAACAGCUACAUCGGACAGUUCAAGAGAUAGGACUGACCGACCAAACGGACACACACACUUCAGCCAGAUCAAGAGAUAAGCCUAAUGAAACACACACACACACACCACACACACACACACACACACACACACACACACACACACACACACACACACACACACACACACACACACACAUCAACCAAUCCAGGAGGCCUAACAAACCGUACGCACCAGUGGAGGCUGGUGACUUAAAAAAUGAGGAGGAUGGCAGACCCAGGGUAUAGGCGCGGAAUGCACGGAUGAUGCUUUCAAAAAUCGUCAAAGUCUAAUUAUUUUAACCUAAAGCAUUUAAUAAAGACAUUUAUAGUACACUAUUAUGGGGAAUGGGAAUGAGAGGGCUACUUACACAGUGUUGGAAAGGGACCACAGCAGUGAUUGAAUGAGGGUAUGAGGCAUGAGUUGAGGUGUUCAGAGGCUUGACCAGUACAGGACAGGAUUUGCCUGGAAAGACAAACAAUAACACAAGACACUAAACAGUUAGACAAAAGAGCUCAGAAUGAGUUAGUCCAAGCAAAGAGUAAACUCAUGUAUGUGUAAUAAUGUGAUUGUGUAUGUGAUUGACUCUACAUACAGUAAUGAGAGAUAAUUGAUAGGGGUACUCACAGUGCUUGGAGAGGAAACAUUCAAUGUGCCAGUGGAUGAGCGGGCACAUGAGACAUGGCUUCAGUUCAUGUCAGGAAGGAGUUGACAACGGUAGUGGAGUGGUCAUCACCUCUUAAUCAGGGAACAGGAGGGGACUUAGCUGGAAAUACAAAUAGCAGAUACAUUCCAUUACAGCUGCGCCAUCAUAGGUUUGGACAAGUUUCUCUAUGAAGUUAAACGCCGACAUCUCAAAAUUCAUAAAGUCAAACACAGACUGCGCAUCUCGCCCACUUGACACGUCAAAGUAGCACAAGAAAGGUUCCUGAAUAAAGCCCUGAUCAUCCACAUACCUGACCAUAACGGACAACUCCAAGCAGACUGGUGGCACCAUAGGUCCCAGAGCGGUGGGGCAAUUUUUACCCCCUGGGGCCUGGAGUUUUUCCUUAUAUGUUAACCUAACUAGGAAAACUCUGGACCCUAUAAGGUAUGCCAGUGAUUAAUUAGUUGUUAAAAGGUUUUAUAUGGGCUAUGAUGGGACCAGUUUUUCCUAAUCAGGUCACAUGGUUUUUUUUUAAACUCCUGGCCCUGGGGGAGAUGAAAACCCUGUCAAACUGCAGCUACAUUAUAUUUGUUCAUAUGAAUGAUAUUUAGACUAGAUUAGUAGGGGGAUUUCCUCUACCCAGACAAAUAGACAACUGGGCUGAGCUUGCUUUAUGCAUGUUUGCGUCAUGUAGUCCAAUGCAACUGUAGGCCUUAUAAAACAUUUAUCAUCGCUAUUAUGUUGAUAUAUUCAUUCCAGUUAAUAAGCCUAGCCAGCCCAGUUUUUAAUAUAAACUACAUUUGAUCACAUUCACAUUUUCUCCUGACACACAAAUGGACUAUAAAUACAUAAUGUUACCAAUCAGUUUACCAGGACCAGAUGGACAGGGCGCAUAGGCUGUAUGCAGCUGCUCUUAUUAGGAGCCUACAGUUGAUCACACUGAAAUAUAGUCUCGUUUUCAUCCCAUACAGCAUGUCCGAUUCCUGUGUUGUCUAGGCUGCUGCAACAUUUAUGUCAUGAGUUUUGCUUGUGUCUGUCCGGAGUGAUUGUGUUAUCAUCUUUGCUAAAUAAAUACCGGAGGAAAGGGGAAAGCCUACUUGAGCGCGCGCGAAGAAAAUGCGUUGUGUCAACCUCUCUCUUUAAUCGAAAUGUUUAUGGAUGAUGCGAUGAAGCUAUCAAAUCAUUCUGAAUUGUUUUCGACAUCCUAGAAAAGACAGUCGAAAGUUCGAUAUGUUCAGCAAGUAAAGCAUCGUAACGCGCAAUUACCUCUGCAAGCUCCUUGUAGUUGGCCUUGUUGGCGGAACUUUCCCUCUCGUCAUGUCCUCUUAUCGAUGCAGCUUUUUCCCAGAAGCUUGAAUGUGAUGUCGGCAUUUAUAUGCUCCCUGCUUUUGUUUUGCCGUUUAGCUGAACGAUCGAUGUUCUUCAGGUCACUGUACCCACCUUUCGACCAAGGCUCAGACUUUCCCAAAAGCAGGCAGCUUGAUGAAAGGCUCCCUGUUACCAGUUUUACUUUUAAUACCAGUUGGUAUUUAACGCCCUCACCCUUUCAUCUUUCUUCAUGAAAUUGAUCUCAGGCAGAGGUCGACUCUCCCUUUUCCGUGUACCCGAGAAUGAAAGGGGUUCUUCAACAAAGUCCACAAACUGCACACUCACGCUGGUAGAUAGCCUCGCUAACUGCAGUAGCUAGGCUAACUUUAAAAAAUGUUAAAUCAAUUGCACUAACUGAACACAAAAAUUAAGUUCUAAAACCAAGAAAACAAUUUAUAAUAUUCCUCUUCUGUCUCCUGUUAUUUGAAAAAAACACAUUUGAAUUGAAUAAAAUUCCAAAAAUGUUCAACUAUCACUGUUCACUCAAUCUCUAUCAGACAAUGUCACCAAGCUUCUCAACACAUAGAAUCACCAUAAUGCUCUGUGGCACAAUCCCAAUACAACACACUAGGUUUGUUCUCUGAUCCUAAAAGCUUUGAUCGGUUAGAGGACUUCCUCCGGAAGUGGUCAUAAUUACCAUGUAUGUCUAUGGAAGGGGAUGAGGCCUAUGAGCCUUCUAGGUUUUGUAUUGAAGUCAAUAUAGCCAGAGGAGGAUGGAAGCUAGCUGUCCUCCGGCUACACCAUGGUGCUACCCCAGACAGUGCUGUUGAAGUUACUGUAGACCAUUGUAAAACAGUGUGUUUUAAUCAAUUAUUUGGUUACAUAUGAAUAUAUUUAGUAUAGUUUUAUCUAAAAAGUAUAACUUGAAUGUUUCUAAUGUUUACAUUUUUAUGAAAUUUCACUGAGGAUGGUCAUCCCCUUCCUCCUCUGAGGAGCCUCCACUGGUACGUACACACACAAUGGUGCUUUGUAUAUAACAGCUACAUUCCCCUUCUCCAAUACACUCAGUCCAGCUGGCCAAAUAGGACCACAUGUCCAUAAUAUGGUGUUGAUCAAGAACAGCGACAACCAGGCUAAGAGAUGGACCCCCCCUAAGCCCCAAUCCACCCCUCUUUAUACACUGAUUGCAGCUGACCAAACAGGCCACCCCGACCCCCUGCACAUACGUCUAAAUCACUGUUCUGUAAACACCUCAACACUGUGGUUUUCAGUAGUUUGUAUUCAUUCCACUACUCCUUUCACUGUCCACUUCAGAAAGCCAUGUUCAUUGGGGGUUUGAGGACAGACUAUCACAAUGUACAUUUAUUUUUUUGUGGUCUUACCCUCAAAAGCAUAAUACCUGCAUUGUAGAAAGUCUAUAUAGCCUUUUAACAGUUUGCCCUAGAAUCAAACCACACCACAGAUUAAACAGGACACUAAUUCUGUUCUCUAUGAUUCCAACAAGCUAAUUGUUGCAGUAUUGUACAUUAAAUGUUUAUUAUCCAAUGUUGUAAUUUUUUAUUCACUUUACAUUUGUUGUAAUCAGUACAUAUAACCAGUUUUUGAAGCACUAUCUAUAACAUUGUCAUAAAUGUUGGAUGGUUUUAUUUUGCUAGCAGACAAAGGGAACAGGAUAUUUAAAAUGUUUUGAUAACAAAAGGAGUAUUUAUUUUGCGAAUAACAUUUUUUUAAGUAGUUUUAACAUUCACACUUUUCAGUAAUGGACUCCAUGGAUCGGUAGUAACAGGAAGAGAUGAGUCUGGGCCAAGAAUCAUGACAUUUUGUAUCAAAUUACUAUGUUUUUGUUUUGCAAUGUCCUUUUGCGUUUCAAAAUCCUCAAAAGUGCUCUUAAGUGUUUUUCAUGUCUAUGCACUGUGAUAGAAAUUAAAUAAGGCUUUUUAUCCAAAAUCCAAAGACGAAAGCAUUGCAGCUCACUGAAUUAACCGGAGUAUGACACUGGUGAGGAGUUUCCUGAGGUGCCAUGUACUGUGCCAUCUCUCUCAAUGUCAUCAACAUUUAUUGCAAACAAACAAAUGCUACAUUGUUUUUCCCAAACUGAUUUAUUUGUAAAUCAAAAAUAAAAUGUUGACAUAAGUCUUCUUUUACAGCAACAAAAUAGGUUCACAGUCAUUCACCCAAAGUGUAUAUUCGGCAUUGAUUGAAGUCAGUGUGACAAUAAUAAACAUGAACAAUUCUGACUGUUAAGGGUACAAAUCUUAUCCAAUACUGAACUCGUUGGCUAGUAUACUGCACGGCAUAUAAACCAUUAGGUGCAAUUAAUCUCAUACCUUUGUAUUUGUUUAUGAGGCCAUAUGACCAUGUAUAAAUCAUUGUAUACUCUACAACCUCAUCACUAUAGGCUGAAACCUUCUUGAGAUAUGACCUUUUAAAUCAAUUAGAGAAUAGUGCAAAGUUGCAUAUCUCGUGUUCCGGACCUAUUGUACAUACGUUCUCAAGUUAAGUGCUUGUAUUGUUCACGCACAUCUUUUAUCCACCCUACAUGUAAUUAAUAGGCACUCUACUAUAUUCUGACAUGAUUUCUCAGUUUUGUAGUAAGAUGGUCCUAAGAUUACUCAAGGGGACAGGAAUUCAACAAACCACUUCCUAUGCACAGCAAUUAAAUUAAAAGCAACUUCAAUAAAAAAAAAUCGGGUAGGUGCAAUCUGCAUUUAUGGGCGUACUUUAAGUAUGGUAUAAACACAUUUAGAAUGUAAAGGGUACACCAGAUAUGAGUUCCUAGAGUUGUCAGAUUCCAAAGAAUAAACAUAGGCCUAAAAGAUAUUUACAUUUUUCAACUUCAUUUUGCAUUUUAUUUCCUCAGUGACAAACAUUUCAGAAAACCCAAUUUCACUCAUACGCACACAGAUAAAUAAAUUGUUCCAUUAAAACAGUAGUUCCCAAACUGUUUAAUAAUAGCCUAUAAUCUUUGAGAACUUACAAUCAACAAAAUAAAAGCUAGACAAUCAGGCCCCACUGAUGUUGUUUGUGCAUAAGAACACCAGCCAUGUCAACAUGCAUAGAAUUGUAUGAAAUUUGCUUAAAAGCAAACAAAAUCUCAGCUCCAUGGAAAAAUGCAUAGAAUUGCAGGAAAUUUGCUUAAAAGCAAACAAAAUCUCAGCUCCAUGGCAAAAUGUGGAAUUGCAGGGGAUUAGCUUUGAAACUGCAAAAUAUUGUGUCCACUGCCAUGAUCAGAUUUUGUAUUUAUGCUUUGGUCUGUGUAUGUUUUCUUUACCACUCAACCCUUAUGGUGGGUCAAGACUCAAGAUGGCUCAAUUGGUGGGUCACAAAGCAAAAACGUUUGAGAACCCCUGCAUUAAAACAAUACAAAAUAGCUCAUUCGAAAAUUCGUGAAAAUAACAUGCAGAAAAAAGGUCUGCCAGCUCAUAGCUAAAUCCUCAAACUCAUUUGCAGUAAUACAUAACAACUAUACUCCAGUUUACACAUUCACAUGGGCUUCCUAUUAGACAAUGAACAUAUGAUUAGCACUCCUGGGGGAGAAAAGACAAAUAUGCAUGAAAACAUUUAAACAAAAAUAGGGGAGAGUGGGGUAAGUUGAGCCAGAGGUAAAUUGAGCCACCCUUGUUUCUAGGAAACUAUACACAAAAUGUUAUAAUUUGACCAAAUAUCUAGGAAGAGGUCAUCAUUUCAUUGAGUCUGAAGGAAGAAACCAUUUGGAAAAAGUUAAGUAAAAAAAAAUAUAUAAAAAAUAAAAUAAGACUUUCACCAAGUCAAAUUAAUUUCUGUUAGAGGUUUCAUGAUGCUUGUAUCUAAAGCAAAGUAGAUCAUUUUAAGAUUAUUCUGUACAUCAGCAUGAAAGUGCUUUAUUGUAUCUGCGUGUGCUAAUAUAAUCAAAAUGUUUGCCUUGGGGUAAAAGUUGAGCCAAUGGCAAGUUUAGCAAAUUGAAGUGUUUUCUUCCCAGGCAUAAUCGCUGGGAUAUGAGGUAACAGGGCCUGGCCAAUGUUUAAAAAUAUAUAUAUAUAUAUAAACUACAAAGUGUUAGGAGAUAAGCAAUUGUGUUUGGGAAAUAAAGAUAGAUAUUAUUUUAAAAAGGUAUUGGUAAUAUUUCAUUCAGUAGAGACAUUUCUAUUUGGCUUAACUUACACAAUUCCGCUAAAUUUACCCCAUACCCGGGUAAGUUGUCCCAAGAGACCACUUUUCUUUCCAGACAACCUUUAUUCCAGACAACCUACUCACUAGCAGCAAGCAUAACUUGUUCCCAACUGGCCAACCUGGUUAAAUAAAGGUGAAAUAAAAAAUUAUAAUAAAGUGCACUGAUAUGGUUAGUUUGAAGGCCCUAAAACAAUUGUCAUCUGCUUUGUUCACAAGCAAUCGCUGAUUAAACCUAAGACAAUGGGAGUGUAGUGAACAUACACACAAAGGGCUUCAUGUAGAAAAUCUUUUCACACUUUUCAAAGAAAAAUCUUCAGGAAGAUUCAGCAGCCCAAAAAUGCAUCCUGUCACGUGUCUGCUUAAUCUAAAGCAAUACUAAUGUGAUCACAUAGUAAUCAUGAUCCUGUGGGGCACACUCUCACUGGAGGACUUCUAUACAGCUAACAAUAUAUACACAGAUUCAAAAAUAUGGUUUUCGCUAAUCAAUACAAUUGCAGCAAUUGUCGAGAAUUCCUAAUGAUAGCGAACAGUGAAUCAUUUGCUGAAUAUAACAGGCUAUUGUUCCAUCAGUAGAAGAAGUAGUCUAGUAGAAUUAGACUGUUUCUGUAGAUCAUUUCGUAUUGGUCCCAUCUACUUGAGAUUAUUAUUUUCUCACUCAGAGUUACGAAAAUAAAUGUGCUUCAACAUUAUCAGGGAACAUAUGAUUACCCUGUAUUUGGAAAACUGUGAACAUAAUCACCAGUGGAUAACACCAUUUGGGAUGUUUCUGGGAUAAGACCAAAGCAGCCACUAGAUAUUACAUGUCAACAGUCUCUCUGAGAACAUCAGGCUGACAACUAGGCCCAAACUCUGACUAUUAAAAACAAAACACUGUUUUGAGUGAGAAGUAGGGAUUGGUCUAAAGCCGAAAAAGGAAAUUCCUUAAAUUGACCUAUUACAGUCUAUUGCUGGUCUAUUGUACUUGAAACAAUGUUGAGGCAGGUUGCUUAGGAUGCAAACCUUCUCAAACAGCCUAAUUCAUUCUCUAAGAGGUGCUCCCACAAUAAUGUGAUUUGUACCGCAUACGAGGUCAUGUAUUGCUACUUACAGGCAGUGGUGUAAAUGCUUAAUUUGUAAAUGAUGUCUCAGUGAGUGUCCCCCGGGCUACUGAUGAAUAAAAAAGUGUAAUUGUG